GGUUACACGAGACAUCUAGUGGUGCGACGCCAAAGCAAACCCAUCAACCACAGAAGACCCCUCACCCAAAAAGAAAGUCUACCUGGCAACUUCUGCAACUCAACUAAAUCAUUGUCCUGUGUGUGUGUUCCCUCGAUCGUCUCCUUAUUAAAAUCACAGUUUAGAUUGGCGUUGGAGUGUUUCCCCUGGAUUUCUCCCCCUUUUCUUCCCUCCUCUGACAUCCUCAACUUCUGAAGCGGCGAUGAAUUCGACCGGAUUCAACCAGACUGACCUGGGCGGGUUGUUCAACAAGACUGAGGACUUCUUCUGCUGCAACUUUUCCUCGGUGGUGACGGACCACGGCCUGGUGUCCACCGCGCCGGACGAGAGGAGCCUCUUCAUCAUGAGGGUGGUGCAGAUCGCCGUCAUGUGCGUGCUGUCCCUCACCGUGGUCUUCGGGAUCUUCUUCCUGGGAUGUAACCUGCUCAUCAAGUCCGAGGGGAUGAUCAACUUCCUGGUGACGGACCGGAGACCCUCCAAAGAGGUGGAAGCGGUCAUUGUCGGAGCGUACUGAUGGGGACUCGGGGGGGGUCAUGAAACUUUAAUGGCGCAGUGACUGGUGACUGAUGGCGCCACUUACUGAGAACAGUGGAUGUUCAGACAGACGGACGUCUCUGGAUUUAUUUAAGAACUUCAGACGUGAAACGGUCACGUUAUGAGUGGGAUUUGAAUCCUCUGGUGACUGAGGUAAAGGUAUUAAAAGUGAGGCUAAACUGUGGAGCCAUAGCGCACCCUAAGGCAGUUUUUUUGUAAUCUAAGUAUUCACAAUCGCUGUGAUGUAUUUGAAGCAGUAGUUGAGGGGGGAUGUUUUUCACGAAAUUGCACAGGCGAUGGAGAAUGAAUGUGCUGCAUGUGUCUAUGAUUUGCAUACCAAAUGCAGAAUUUUAAUCAAUGUAUGCGCUGUAAUCACAUUCCUAAUGAAAACGAACCGCUCAGUCAAUUAAGAUAGCCGUGCCUCUCUUUGCUGUACAUUCUUACUUUAAUUAAAGCAUUUUUGUCAAAAUUAACCUACUCUGUUUAUCCAUCUACUAAUUACGAUUAAGAAAUUGUACUCCCGGUUUUUUUCAAAGCACAUUUCGAGUAUAUUCUAAUUAGUCACACACUUUUGAA